UUUUUAUUCCUGUAUGGCAACAGUGAAAAACCGCAUGGUGAGCAUCGGUGGGUUUGUUUACUGUUAUAUGAAUUGUUCACACAUUUUUACUAUUGUGUUCUAUUUCGCUGCGAUAUACUAAUUAGGUAUUUUUAGUGCAUUUUCUUAAUUCAAAAUGGCGGAAUUGGUCCAACUACGGUUGGAAUAUGAAGUUCCUGAAUUAGAAGAAAUGAAACGUGUGGGUUUGUUUAGCUUGUCUGAAAUAAGGAAAAUUGUAAAAAAGAGAGAAGCUUUCGAAUACAAACUGCGUCGAAACAAGAAGAGAAAAGAAGACUUUCUUCAGUAUAUUAAGUUUGAAAUGGCUCUUUUGAUGUUAAUUUCAAAGAAGAGAGAAAGGCUUAUGAUAGAAUCUAAAAAGAAAGAAAUUGAUAAUGCUAUUGCACAAAAAGUCAACCGUUUAUUUAAGAGAGCCAUUUCUUAUUUUCCAGAAGAUGAAAAAUUAUGGCUAGAUCAGAUCCAAUAUUGUAUAAAAAUGAAAUGGCAUGAUUCUGUUAAUGCUUUAUACACCAGAAUGCUGCAAGUACACAGCAGAUCUCCCGAGUUGUGGGUGAUGGCUGCUAAAUGGGAAAUAGAGGAUAAUAAUUCUCCUGAAAAUGCUCGAAAAUUAUUGCAGAGAGCUGUGCUGAUGAAUCCCAAAUCAGAACUUAUUUGGCGAGAGUAUUUCAGAAUGGAAUUGAUGUAUAUAGAUUUGAUUCAGAAGCGCCGAGAAGUACUACAGUUACACAAGAUGAAGGAUCUGGAAACCAAUGAACAUGAUGCUGUUUUAGAUGGAAGCAUUGUUAAUGUUGUAUAUGAAAAUGCAGUUGAAGCAAUUGAAG